AUGGGCUGUACGAGCAGCAAACACCAUCUUUCAGAAGAUGAUCUUGAAUUUUUAAAAACACAUACAAGUUAUUCUGAGAAAAAAAUUAAAACUUGGUAUAAAGGUUUUAUGAGAGAUUGUCCAUCGGGUGAAUUAACACGUGACUCAUUUAUACAAAUUUAUAAACAAUUUUUUCCUAAAGGUCGAGCAGAAAAUUUUUGUGAACAUGUUUUUCGAGCCUUUGACACUGAUAAUAGUGGUAAGAUUGAUUUCAAAGAAUUUUUACAAGCAAUCAAUAUUACAUCGCAAGGAACCCCAGAUAAAAAAUUAGAAAUGGCAUUUCGAAUGUAUGAUUGCAAUGGUGAUGGAAGUAUUGACGAAACUGAAAUGAGAAGAAUUAUAGGAGCUAUAUACGAAUUGAUUGGUGAUGAAAUUGAUAAAUGUGAACGUCAAGUUGAGUCCGAAGAACGUGCUUUAAAUAUUUUUACAAUGAUGGACAAGAAUUCGGAUGGAAUACUUUCACGAGAGGAAUUUAUUGACGGUUGUUUACAUGAUGAACAAUUGUAUCAACUAUUAACUCAAUCAAGUAGAAUGGGUGAAGGACAAGGAAGCAUGGAUUCACUUGCCAAUGAAGAGUAA